AUGCUGCAGGACAAGGGCCUGUCGGAGAGCGAGGAGGCCUUCAGGGCCCCGGCCCCAGCGCUCGGAGAGGCCAGCGUAGCCAACGCCGCCAACGCCCCGGAGCCCGUACUGGCCGCACCGGGCCUCGGCGGAGCCGCGCUCGGCAGUCCCCCGGGCCCGGGCACCGACGUCGCCGCCGCGGCUGCGGAACAGACCAUCGAGAACAUCAAGGUGGGGCUGCACGAGAAGGAGCUCUGGAAGAAGUUCCACGAGGCGGGUACCGAGAUGAUCAUCACCAAGGCGGGCAGGAGGAUGUUCCCCAGCUACAAGGUAAAAGUCACAGGCAUGAACCCUAAGACCAAGUACAUCCUGCUGAUCGACAUCGUCCCUGCGGAUGACCAUCGCUACAAGUUCUGUGACAACAAAUGGAUGGUGGCGGGGAAGGCAGAACCGGCCAUGCCGGGCAGGCUGUAUGUGCACCCGGAUUCUCCUGCCACAGGGGCCCACUGGAUGCGGCAACUGGUCUCUUUCCAGAAGCUGAAGCUGACAAACAACCACCUGGACCCCUUUGGCCAUAUCAUCCUCAACUCCAUGCACAAGUACCAGCCGCGGCUCCACAUUGUUAAGGCUGAUGAGAACAAUGCCUUUGGCUCCAAAAACACAGCCUUCUGCACGCAUGUGUUCCCGGAGACCUCCUUCAUCUCUGUGACCUCCUAUCAGAAUCACAAGAUCACACAGCUGAAAAUCGAGAACAACCCUUUUGCCAAGGGAUUCCGGGGCAGUGAUGACAGUGACCUGCGUGUGGCCAGGCUGCAGAGCAAGGAAUAUCCCGUGAUUUCCAAAAGCAUCAUGCGGCAGAGGCUUGUCUCCACCCAGCUCGCGGCCAAGCCCGACGUCAGCCCCCUGCACGGUGCCCACCAGGCGCUGCAGCACUACCAGUACGAGAACGGGGCCCACAUGCAGUUCGCUGCAGCCGAGCCACAGGACCUUCCUCUCAAUACCUUCCCUGCCCAGAGGGACUCCAGCCUCUUCUAUCACUGCUUGAAGAGACGAGACAGCGCCCGCCACCUGGACUUGCCCUGCAAGCGAUCCUAUCUGGAAGCCCCCUCUUCAGUGGGGGAGGACCACUACUUCCGUUCUCCCCCUCCUUACGACCAGCAGAUGCUGAGCCCCUCCUACUGCAGUGAGGUGACCCCACGAGAAGCAUGCAUGUACUCAGGCUCGGGGCCCGAGAUCGCCGGGGUGUCUGGGGUGGACGACUUGCCCCCGCCCCCACUGAGCUGUAACAUGUGGACUUCGGUCUCACCGUACACCAGCUACAGCGUCCAGACCAUGGAGACUGUGCCCUACCAGCCCUUCCCCACGCACUUCACUGCCACCACCAUGAUGCCUCGGCUGCCCGCCAUCUCUGCGCAGAGCUCCCAGCCACCAGGAAACGCGCACUUCAGCGUCUACAACCAACUCUCCCAAUCUCAGGUCCGGGAGCGGGGGCCCGCCGCCUCCUUCCCCAGAGAGCGCGGCCUCCCCUCCGUGUGUGAGAGGAAGCCCCCCUCCCCACACCUGAAUGCUGCCAGCGAGUUUCUGUACUCUCAGAGCUUCUCCCUGUCCCGGGAGUCCUCCCUACAGUACCAUUCAGGGAUGGGGACCGUGGAGAACUGGACUGAUGGGUGACUCCGUGCCUCCGUGACAGCCCCCGGACCUUGUUAACCCAGUAGUAACCUCUGUGGGUGGCCUGUACA